UGUAUUAAAUGUUAAAAAUAAAAAUUUAAAGUAUCGAUUGUAUUUGUAACAAAAUAAAUGUUUAAAGUAGAUUCUGAUAAAGAGUUUGAUUUAGAAGAUGAGGAUUUUUUUCAAGAUAUUUUUAAAGUCUCCUCAAUGGAAACAAGUCCAGGGUUGUUAAAGAAACAUCAUAAUUCAAGUGACAGAGGAGAAUCGAUUGAUGGACAGCAGUUAAAUUCUCAUACUUCUAUGCCUUCUUUAACUAUAAAAGGCACUGAAAAACAUACAUUUUCUUUCCAACAAAGGCUUGGAUCAGAAGGGGAUGGCCAACAAAUACCAUUUACUGUCCAGAAGGGAAAGGAUAACAGAACUUGUGAUAGAAUUUUUUCUAAAAAUAUAUAUUCUAAACUUUUGAUUGAAAGCAGAAAUUCCCCAGAAUCUUUUCCAGUUUGUGAUCAGAAACAUAAGUCUGAACCUAACCAUCCAAUAUCGGUAUUUGAGAAUGUUAAUACAACAUUCACUAACAUUCCACAAACAAAUUCCUGCUCCAUGAGAAUGGAAACUUCAAUAGAAGAUUCAACAUCAAAUCAGCUUUCUCAUGAAGAGCUUGACUUUCUAAGUCUUGACCUUGACUUUGAUGAUAGUUUUGCCUUGGAAGGAUUAAGUUCCAAUAGUAUGAUAAAAAGUAAUUCACCUGAAAAAACAAUAAGUACAAUUCCUCAUAAUACAAUCACUCAGAUAACAGUUACGAGUACAAACCACAGUGUUGAUAAGAAACCAGCUUUUGAAAAUGGGGUUUGUCCUAAAAAAUUUUCAGAAAAUUGUAAUAAAAGUCCUGUUUUGAUUAGCCAUGAAACAACUUUACAGCCAAAAGAAAAUCUCCAUCUGACACCCAUAAUGAACAAGGGACACCAACGUGAUGAGUCAUUAGAAGCUAUUUCAAAAACUGUCCUUCACCACAGUUCCAGUCUUUUAAACCCUGAAAAUAAUAAAUCGAGUUCCAAGAAAGAAAAUCAAGUCUUCUCAAGUAUUUCGGCAGUACACCAACCUAAACUUCAUAAUUCACACCUAAGACAAGAAGGUAAUGACACGCCAUUAAGUAGAAAACCAAGGAAAAGAAAGUUCCCGGGUCCUGCAGGGUUGCUUCCUAAUCUGCAACUGGGCCAGUCAGUGUUAGAGUUUUCUGCUCUGGACUCUCCAGUGCCUGAAAAGUCUCCAGUAAUUCCAACAGCCAUUGAACUCCCAAACUCUCAAACUGUAGAAGAAGAAUUCACAAAAGUUCCGUGGACAAACAUGUUGAAUGACCUAGAAAUCAGUGAAAGUGACCCUAAUAGUAUCCUAAACUUUAACAUUAGUUGGAUAGUACGAAAGGCACGAACAAAGCAACUCCCGAACGGCAAGGUUCCAGUUUUAGUAGUACUUAUAAAAGAAAUCGAUGUAAAAGGAGCAGAAGCUAGCGUCACAUUUCGAGACAGAACAGGAGAAAUUCAAGGAACCAUCCACAGAAAGCUAGUGGAAGAAUAUCAAAUGUACCUUAAGCCUGGAUGUGUACUGGUAUUAAAGCAGGCAAUAAAUGAAAGAAAGGACAAAUCCUCAGCAUCUACUAGUGUCUCUGGAUCGUCACCGGUUCUCUUUAACACAGCUGCUGGUUUUAUUCCUGGAGUAUCAACCAAUAGGAGAAUUACUACUCCACAGAAGCCCCACAGUGCCUCAUGGUCAGACUCUGCUGGAAUCCCUAAGCAUGAACCACCCAGACUGCUUCCUCCCACUCAACACCCAGCUAUUAUCAGAACUCCAAGAUCGCAGAUUCAACCAAACUGUGUGACUGAGUCAAAUCUGACUAAAUGCAAGUCAGCAGUUGAAAACAUAUCUUCAAAACACCAAAAUGUUCCAGCUAAACAUUGUUUUCCAAGCCAAUGUGUUGGUGAUAUGACAAAAAAAAAUAUAAUAGAAAAUAGGAAAAUUACUUGCCCAGUUUUGAACCCUGAAGUUAGCAAGUUUAAAUUUAAAACAUUCAAUAGAACACCUGAUAGCUUGAUGUCAACUAAGUCAUAUCCUUUUACAGUUGAGAAUGAGGAAGGUAAACAUCCUGAGGAACAUUUCUUGGUAGAAGAUGAACUGGACCAUCUUUUGAAGAACUUAGAUGAUGAAACUUUACUAAGUACUUGUUAGACAAUACUUGUUUUGUGGACUAAUAAAUAUUACAAUUGUUCAAGUUUCUUUACUAACAUGCUAUACUUUACAUGCAGAAAGUUUGUAACAGUGAUGAACUUCAGAAUUAAAGCAUGUACCUGUUAUAAACUUCGAGUAUCGUUGAUACGUGAUUAUCAGGGUAGAUAAAUAUACUUAUUUGGGCAUAUCAGUAUCUUCUGAACUAUUUCCUGGGUUUUCCUGAGAACUUGUUUCAAGCAUGUUUCACUCAUCCUUUGCAGAAAAUUUGGUUUUCUCCACAGAUGCAUAAUAUAAAUGUUAUCAUGACCCACUCAUUUCUCAUAUAAUCAAAAUUAAAAAUAUACAUUCCAUUAGUAUGUUUCAUUAGUAUCUUUUUGAAACUGAAGAGAUUAAUUUAUCCUGUUUGAACUAAUGUCAUAAUUUCUGUUAUUUGAUGUCCACCUGAUCAGAGUUUACGAUGU